CGCACCAAGAUUUAGAAAGUGACGUUAUCUCCCACAUCUCUUUUCUUCUCACCCAAGUUGAAGAAGAUUAAAUAAAAAUCAUCUCCCAAACUUGAAGAAGAUUGAACAUUUGAUUUGAUAAUGAGUCAAACACAUAUAAAUAUUGUGGUGUUAUAUAAUGGAUCGUGGGAACAAGUUUUGAACGAAGGUUGGUCAUUUAGUGCUAAACAAAGCAAGGGUAUGAAGGUGCCAAAGACUAUCACUUACAAUAGUCUUGUUGAUCAAUUGUAUACUUUAAUCGGAGCUGACAAGUCUUGUAUUGAUCUUGACUUAAAUGUAAUCUAUCAUUUUGGAAGUAAAGGUAUCCCUCCAUCUUUAAUUAGUAAUGAUGAAGAUGUUGCUUUUUUUCUUGAUGAGAUAGGAACAUCUAUCAAUCAUCGGACACCCCUAUGUGUGUCUACUAUAGAGAAGAGAAGUAAUGAUCCUUUGGUUACUAAAACACGUGAGUUGUAUACUAUUCCUCCAGUUGAAACCAAAGUGAAUGAUGAUUUUUGCAUUGAUGGCAAUGAAGACAGUUGUGAUGAUGAUAAUAAUGAUGCAGAUGGCAAUGAAGACAGUUGUGAUGGUGAUAAUAAUGAUGCAGAUGGCAAUGAAGACAGUUGUGAUGAUGAUAAUAAUGAUGCAUUAAGCUCAGAUGAUAAUGAAAAUAUUGAUAGGUCUACCUGCAAUGAUGUACUUGUGAAGCAUAAUUUACAACAGUCAACCUCCAAUGAAGUAUUGAAGAGCCAUGAUUUCUCAAAUAAUAUAGGUCGUAAAAAAAACUUUGAGUUUAAAGUAAAGAAGUCUGCGAAAAAUAUAUGGUGUACAGUAUGUGUUGAUGAUAAAUGCAAAUGGAGGUUGAGGGCUACAAAAUUGGUUAAUUCCAAUAUGUUCGAGGUUCGUAAAUUUUUCGGUGAACACACAUGUUCAUUGGAUGUUCGACAUAAAGAUCACCGUCAGGCAUCCCCAUGGCUUAUUGGACAUGUCAUAAGGAGAAAAUUUGAGGGUGAUGAUGUUAAUUACAAGCCAAGGUCAAUUGUAAAAGAUAUGAGUUUAUCAUAUGGAGUUCAUAUGAGCUAUGCUAAAGCUUGGAGGUGUCGAGAGCAUGCAUUGGCUUACAUAAGAGGUACACCAGAAUCAUCAUUUCAGAAACUUCCCUCAUUUCUAUACAUGAUGGAGCAAAAAAAUCCUGGAACUGUUACUCAUUUGCAGAUGGACAAUGAAGGUAGGUUCAAAUAUUGCUUCAUGGCCUUAGGUGUUUCUAUAAUGGGGUUUAAAACAUAUAUUCGCCCAGUUAUAUGUGUAGAUGGAACCUUCUUGACUACUCGGUGUGGUGGUACUUUGUUAUGUGCCAUGGGACAAGAUGCUAACAAGCAAAUAUAUCCAAUUGCAUUUUCAGUAGUUGAUUCAGAGAAUAAUGACUCAUGGUUGUAUUUUCUACUGAGGUUGAAGGAAGCGAUUGGUGAAGUGGAGAAUCUAGUAUUCGUGUCUGAUAGACAUACUAGUAUAGCAAGUGCCUUGACUAAAAAUUUUCCUGAGGCACACCACGGUGCUUGUAUACAUCAUGUUAGCAUGAAUAUCCGUGCGAAGUUCAAAACUGACCAUUGCCAUGAAGAAUUCUUCCUUACAGCGAAAGCUUAUAGAAAGCGAGAGUUUUUACGCCAUUUUGAGAAGAUCAAAUUCAAAGAUCUUGCAAUUGCUCAAUACUUAGAGAAUCAAGUGGGUUUUGAAAAGUGGGCUCGUUCUUUCUUUCCUGGUCAUCGAUAUAAUUUAAUGACUACAGGUAUUGCCGAAAGCUGGAACAAUGUCAUUGCUGAGGCACGUGGGUGGCCAAUUACUUGUCUCAUGGAAUUUAUGAGGCACACUUUACAAAAAUGGUUUUUCAAGCGUCGAACUGCAACAUCAGCGACUACAAGUCCUCUUGCCACAGAAGUGGAAGCUGAUUUGCGAAAGUUAGCAGACAAGUCCACUACCUCGUUCUCUUUUCCGUCUAGUCAGUAUGAAAUAACAGUAUUGGAUGGUGAUCUUGAUGGAGAUGUCGACCUGAGGAGGAAAACAUGUAGUUGUAGAAGAUUUGAUUUGACAGGUCUUCCUUGUGAACACACUCUAGCUGGUGCUCGAGAUCGUGGCAUUAGUCCAUAUAGUUUAUGCUCCAGAUUCUACACAGUUGAAGCGUGGUUGUCAUCCUAUGGUGGAUCUGUAUAUACGCUGGGUAAUGAAGAAUCUUGGGUGAUACCAAAUGACAUAGGAAGUAUGAUGAUAGCUCCUCCUUUAAUGAAGCAGAAGGCUGGUCGUCCAAAGAAGAAACGACGUUUAUCAAAGGGUGAGAAGAAUAGCAAACAACAUAGAUGUAGUAGAUGUGGUGUCCUGGGCCACAAUCGAGUGACGUGCACCACUGUUUGUCCCCCGCCGUCUAGACAUUCUUAG